UCUGCCAGAUCAGACUUCAAACUAAACUGCUGUCCUGUUUUCUUUCAUCUUCCUACCCUCGACGGCGACCUCGGUAGACUCGAGUCCUACGCUUCUUUUCGUUCAACCAGGUUUUCCUUCUUGAUUCUGCCACGUUGCUUGUCCGACCGCUAUCUCUACUCUCGAACUCCUCAAAAAGCAAAGAACAGAAGAAACUAGGGGAGAGAAAAAAAACCACCGACAUGCUCUUCUCGACGGCUCUCAACACCUUCCUCAUCGCCGGCGCGAGCCUCACGCUUGCCACACCGGUCUGGCCACACUACUCGGUGGAGAAUGAACAUCUCGAGGUCCUGGCGAUGCGAAAGUCGAUGGCCGUGAGCCCAUCAGCGGCGUUUGAUGUCGAAUGCCUCGACCGCAACGCACGGAUCGUGUUCCACGACCAGAACGCGGCGGAGCUGGCCAUCUGCGGGGGGAUCGGGGGUUCCGCGACGAAGUGCGCGGGCGCGCCGGAGACGACGGUCGGGCGGUCGGGCAGCGCGCAGUUCACGCUGCGGGCGACCGCGCCGGGCGCCACGAUUAACGUGUCGAAGCUGCGGUGGGAGCAGUGCGUGCGGGCGGCGCGGGGGGUGUGCCCGACCGGCAGCAUGCGCGCCACGUGCCGCGGCGGCGCGACGUCCGGCGACGUCGCCUUCACACUCGACCUGCCGUCCGCCGGCUCCGAGCUGCGGUAA